AAAACGACUUAUGAAAGUUGAGACCCUCUACAGACGGAUUAGAAAGCUUCCCCGUCCUUCAGACAAAAGGCGUAGGCUAGCCGCUAAACCCUUCUAAAACCCCAUUAUAAGGUAGGGCUGAAGCAGGGCCUCCAAUACUAAAUAAAAGACCCACAUAAUAAAGCCGUGAAUAUUCUCCAGCGAAAAAAAACUAAGCUUAGGCAAGCAGAAAUGGAGCCGCUUCGCUCUAGAGAGGAUGUUUAUUUUGCAGGAUAGCUGUAUGAGAGCUCCUUAUUGUUAAUUAAUGUUUUCAAGUGAUGAGAAAUGUGUAGUAAGUUGGUAUUUACUGCUUUGAUCUUAUCCGGAGGAAAAUAUUAAAAUGGCCAGGAUAUCAGGAUUCCGGUUGACACAACAGCAAAAUGAUGAGAGGAAACUGGUUGAUGAAGGUCGGAAUACAAAAAGUAAAGCUCUAUUUAAUGAAAAUCAAAGGAAAAAUGCUAAAGUGGUUCAUAAUGGUAAAUCUAGCAUAGUAAGUCAUGAUACUGGGAGAACACAGAGAAGCAUUAGGGUUGUAAAACUAGGUGGAGAUGGGAAGAAGCUGGAUAAGACAGGAGCAGUAAAGGACCAUAAAGAAAAGAGAAAUGUGAAAAGCAAGAAUCAAGAAAGUGACAUGCGAAAAAUUGUUAAGGGAAAAUCUACUUUAGUAAAUCCUAAUACUGGGAGAGCACAGGGAAACUUUAAGAUCACUAAACUAAACACAGAUGGGAAGAAGUUGGAUAAGAUAGAAGAAAUAAAAGACUACACAAAAUUGCAAUUCAAGAAUCAAGAAAGUGACAUGCCCCUGGUACUAGAAAAUAAAAAGAGGAUCAGGAGGAGGUGCAUGAAACCAGAUCCACAUGACAUUACAAACAAGCGGCUUGAUGACGAUAGUCCCAAGCUUGAACAGGCAGUACCUGCAAAGAAAGAGAAAGAAGAAGAGAUUCAAGUUUCAAAGAAUGCUCAGUUUCGUGCAAUAAAGCCUAGUCCUGACAUAAUUUCAUACAUCAGCAACUAUCUUGUUGGUCGGAGGCGUUUAAAAGAAUUGAGGAAUGCUGGUUACAAUAUUGACAUUUCUGCUCCGCUUGAUAAUGUUCCUCAUUCAACGAGUAGAGAGCGGGAGCGAAUUGAGGAAAAUGUCUUUAGAAAUAAACUAGAAUUUUUUGCUGCUGCAAAGGUUGCUUCUUCUUUCCCACAAGUUGAUAUGCCAGAAAUAGCCUUUGCAGGAAGGUCAAAUGUGGGUAAAUCCUCCUUGCUGAAUGCUCUAACCAGGCAAUGGGGUGUUGUGAGAACAUCAGAUAAACCUGGUCUGACUCAGACUAUCAAUUUUUUUAAUCUUGGAUCCAAGCUGUGCUUGGUUGAUUUACCUGGAUAUGGAUUUGCAUAUGCAAAAGAAGAAGUCAAAGAAUCUUGGGAGGAGCUGGUAAAGGAGUAUGUUAGAACAAGAAUAGGCUUGGACAGAGUUUGCCUUCUUAUUGAUGCAAAAUGGGGUAUGAAGCCUGGAGACCAUGAGUUGAUAAAUCUGAUGGAGAGAUCUAAAACAAAAUACCAAAUUGUCUUGACAAAAACUGAUUUAGUAUUCCCAAUAGAUGUGGCUCGUCGUGCUAUGCAAAUACAAGAAGAUCUGAAAAUGAACAAAUUGAUGGCUAAACCUAUGAUGAUGGUAAGCGCAAAGUCUGGAGCUGGUAUUCGGUGUCUACGAACUGCCCUUGCCAAUCUAACCCGCUUUGUAAGAUUGUAGAGGCAGUUGCAAUUUCCCUGUAGAUUAUUCUCUACUCAUACUCAUGAUGGGUCAGAGGGUGAUCCGAAAUGUUUGCCAAAAGUCCUACACAGUUAACAGCAAGAAGCACUAACUUGAAUUAUUAUGGACUCUAGAGAUAUUAUAUAUCCAAUUGUAUUCUUAUCUGAUAAGUUGUAAUUGAUAUAGAUCAUUGGCGAGCAGGAAUCGAAGUCUGGACAAUUUGUCUAGAAGAACUCUGUUUUUGUCAUAGGAAAUAAAAAAUACUCAUUAAUUAUACUGACAAAGCAAAAUGUUGAAUCUAAAUGUGUUAUUUCAAAAUUUUGAUCAUGCUGAAAUAGAAUUUUUUUUUAGUCUUGA